UCUUCUUAAUUUAAAAUUCAUUAACUUUAUUUCUCAUUAUGAUGUUGAUUAAAUUGUGUGCGAAUAAGAAGAUAAUCUUUAUGGACAUUUGAUAUUCUCCAUCAGUGAUCCUCCUUUUCCCCAUUCCACCUUUAUCAUUACAACAACAUCUUCAAGUGUAUUAUCCUUAACAUCAUCAAUUUGAUUCUUCAUCACCGUUAACCUCAGUCUUCAUCUCUACUCUUUUUGCCAGUCAGUUUUUUUUUGUUGGUUCUUUUCUAUCAUCAUCAUCUUUUUCUUUUUUUUCCUUUCUCACUUUAACAUCUUUUCUACAUAUGCAGUGAAAACACUAUUCUAAUCCAUGGAUCUAUCCAGAUAAUCUUACUUUCUCUUAUUCAUCUUUCAGUUGUAUGUGUGUGGGUUGUUUAUGCCCCUGAAUUUUAUUCUGUUUUCGCCUAUUUAGUUUUUUGGUUGAAAUUCACAUUCAAGAGAAAACAAGAGACUGAGAGAGAUAAAGAGAGAAUAUUUACCUGAGAUUAUCUCUCAAUAGGCUUGUGUUUCUAUUCUGUUUUUGCUGCUUCUUUUUAUCUCUCUACCUUGUUUCUUGUUUCUUGUUUUUGACAUUAUCUGUUAAUGUACAUAACCCCACCAACACCAACAACAACACUACCAGCAGCAUCUUCAACUUAAUCAUGUCUUCAGCCAGUUCACCUGAGGUUAACAAAGAAGGUCUCAAUAAUAAUAACAAUAAUAAUAAUUUGGCCAACAACUUUAAUAACAAUCAAAUUAGAAUGUCACAAUCACAGUCACAAGAGUCACAAAAUAAUUUAUAUCAAGGACUUCGCCGUCAUCAACUAAAUCAGUCACAACAACAACAACAAUCAAUGCUUCCACCAGCAAUACCAAAUAAAACAAUCAGUUCAUCAAUCAGUUUAUCAAAAAGAUUUUCAGAGUUACAAACUCUAUUAUCCAUGGGACCAACACUUUUUGAUGGUAAAUCAAUCAAUUGUGAACUUUUAUUUGAUGUUCUUAUUGCGGUUUACUAUGAAUGUCAGCGUGUAAUUGCCACAACUCGUAGUAAAGAGCAGCAGAAAUUUUGUGAAUCGAUUAAACCCUUUCUGGACAGAUUAAAAGAAUUACAAUUAAAGGCAAUCGACUUUGAUACAAUCAAAAUAAUUGGACGUGGUGCUUUUGGUAAGGUGGCCCUGGUUAAGGGUAAAGAGGAUGGAAAUGUUUAUGCGAUGAAAACGCUCAACAAAUUGGAGAUGUUGAAAAGAGCUGAGACAGCUUGUUAUCGAGAGGAAAGGGAUGUAUUGCUCCAUGGAUCGGAAGCCUGGUUUACUAAGCUUCAUUACGCUUUUCAAGAUGAAACAAAUCUUUAUCUUCUAAUGGAUUAUUAUUGUGGUGGCGAUUUGUUGACCCUUUUAGCCAAAUACGAUGAAAAUUUUCCCGAAGAUAUGUCCCGAUUUUACACCGCUCAAAUAGUCUUAGCACUUUCCUAUCUACAUGAUAUGGGUUACAUUCAUCGAGAUGUAAAACCUGAUAACAUUUUAAUAGAUUCACAUGGUCACAUCCGAUUAGCAGAUUUUGGUUCAUGUACUAAGGUUACACAACUUCGUAAGGAUGGUCACUUCACAAUAGCCGUUGGUACACCGGAUUAUAUUUCACCCGAAAUACUUAAAUCUAUGGAGGGUAACCGUAAUACCGGUUUACUUUACUCUUUUGAGGUUGAUUGGUGGUCAUUAGGAGUGGUCAUUUUUGAAUCAUUGUAUGGUGAAACACCAUUUUAUGCAGAAUCGUUAAUUCAAACUUAUUCAAAUAUCAUGAAUCAUAAGCAUUGUUUCAAGUUUCCAGUUAACGCUCAGGUAACUGAUGAAGCAAAGGAUCUCAUUUCUAACCUGAUCUGUGACCAAGCUCAUCGUUUUAAACGUUUAGAUCAGUUUAAAUCUCACCCAUGGUUUACCGGUAUUGAUUGGGAUCACCUAAGAGAAAUGAAACCACCCUAUCAGCCUAAAGUAAUAGGACCAGAAGAUACAUCUAACUUUGAUAUUGAUGAUUCAGCUCCACCGACAAAUAAUAAGUUUGACAAUUUAAUUGCACCUACAACCAAAGACUCUCUGCUUAAUGUUCACCUUCCCUUUGUUGGAUUUACUUGUACUUUCAAUACGAGUAAAAGUAGAUCACAAUCAUCUUCAUCUUUACCCUCAUCAUCAUCACCAACAUCAUCUGAACAACAAAAUGGAAGUAAAUUAUCACCAUCUUUUUCUGAAUCCAAUCCUCCACUUUGUGUAAUUGAUUCAGCUGGUUCAAGAGAUUCAUCAACCAUUGGUAAAAAAAUUGAUCCCACUGCUUAUGCUAAAUUGGAAAAUGAGCUUUGGAUCGCUCGACAUGAAUGGAGUGAACUUUCUGUCAAGUUGAAUGAACUGAGAAAAGAAAAAAAUUCAAUCUCUGCUACUUUAAGGGUAAAAGAAGAAGAUUUGGAACGAAGUUUGGAAAAGAUUAUUGAAUUACGACAACAGUUAAGAAAUGCUGAUAAAGUUAAACGGCAACAGUUAGAAGACAUGAUACAGAUCCAGAGUGAACUUGAAAAGGAAAGACAGUUACGCCAGGAAAUUCAAGUAGAAACAAAAGAAUCGGAAGCAAAAUUGGCUCAUCUGGAAAAACAAUUGUCAAAUAUUGAGAAACAGGAGCAGCAAAACAAUACAUCCAAUAUGUCUAAUGGUCCAAAUGAAAAGGAGAAAUAUUAUCUUGCUCAAAUUGCUGAUUUAGAACAAGAAGUUCUUCGAUUGAAAGGUGAAGAAGAAGAAAGAAUCGCUUCCAUAGCUCAUAAAUGUCAUGUCGAGGAACUUGAGCAACAAGUUCUCCAAUUACAACAACAACAACCCCACUGGGAGAGGCAAAUAACUGAGAUUAUUGACUGGGUCGGAAAUGAAAAGGAGGCACGGAACUAUUUACAACAAAUGGCCGCCACUAUGACAAAGGAAUUAGAUACACUUAAACAUCAUCAUCAACUUCAACAAAUUCAACAACAACAACAACAAAAUGCCAAUCAACAACGUGCCAAUGAAGCUACUUCUAAUAACGACAGUGGCCAUGGUUCAAGUGUCCAUGCAUAUGUCCCAAAAGAAGCCGUUAAUCCAAAUUAUACAACUUGGCAAGAGAGAAGAUCAGCUCGUGUUGAUAAACAAGAAUUGUUACAAUUACAGUUUGAAUUAGCCAAUGAAAUUGAAGAUAAACAAAGGAUACAAGAUGAUUUAGCCAAAGCACAGAAAGAGAUUUCUCUACUUAAUGGAGAUUUAGCUGAGUUGCGAAUAGAAAUUGCGAAAUUGAAGAAUCAGCAAACAUUCAAAAGGCUGAGUAAUGAUUCAUCAAUGUUAUUUGGAUCAUCAGUUAAUUCUCGACGAAUCUCAGCUGGUAAAAUGAUGGAAGAAAUUGAAAUGCAACUUGGACGAAUAGGAAUGACCUCACCAAUGGGUGAUUCGGAUACAAGUGACAUCGAAUCGGAAGAUGCUUCUCCCUCAUCAUCAGCUGGUACUCGAUCUCGAGGUGCUAUUAGUGGUGCAGGAAGUUCAAUGGAACCUCAAUUAUUAUUAUCACAACAAUCAAAUUUCCCAAGUAAACAACAACAUUCAUUUAUUGUUCGCACUUUUGUUGCACCAUUGAAGUGUUUCCAUUGUACAUCUUUGAUGAUUGGUUUAAUUAGACAAGGUCUCAUCUGUGAAACCUGUGGAUUUGUUAGUCAUAUUGCCUGUGCCUCUCAGGGUAUUCAACUGUGUCCCUGUGAUGACACAAGCCAACGUCCUCAAGGAAUUGAUCCUUCACGAGGAAUCGGUACUGCAUAUGAAGGAUACGUUAAGAUACCAAAGGCUCGGGGUGGAGUUCGUAAAGGCUGGAUCCGUAUGUUUGUCGUUGUCUGUGAUUUUAAGCUUUUCCUUUACGAUCUUUACUCUAGUAGUGAUAAUAAUUAUCCUUCCCAUGGUUCUCAUGGAAGUGGUUCUGGGUCUGGAGUUGAUGGUACCCUUAGUGGUCCAACAGUUACCCCGCCGGUUUCCGUAAACACUGUUAUCGAUAUGAGAGAUGAAAGAUUUUGUAUAAGUGGAGUCCAAGAAUCUGAUGUUAUCCAUGCUAAUAAGAAAGACAUACCCUGUAUAUUUAGAAUCACAACAUCCAUGGUUUCAAAUAGGGUUGAUCAAAAUUUUACCCAAUUAAUGUUGACCGAUAAAGAGGUUGAAAAAAACCGAUGGAUUGAUGCUCUUCACGAACUACAUCGAAUCAUCCGACGAAAUAAACUUAGUUAUCGAAAUCCGCUCAAAGCUUAUUCUGUCCUGAAUUCCUACCAAAUAUCUGCCCUUCGACAUCACAACGACAUCAAUAGUUGUUGUGUUAUCGAUGAGACUCGACUACUUAUUGCCUGUGAUGACUGUCUCCUUUGCUGUGACCUGGACAUUUGCACGGCAAGACGAUUAACAAAUUCCAAGAGAAUCGUUCAAUGUCACUACUCUCUGAAUGAUCAACUGAUAAUUGUUUUAGCUGGUAAACAAAGACAUAUCAAAUUAAUACCAAUCAGAGGCCUUGACAACGAUGGUAUUGAAUGGAUAAAAAUACCUGAAACCAAAGGGGCAAAUCUUUUCGCUGUUGCCAAUCUCCCCACCACUACUUAUAUUUGUGUUGCCAUUAAAAAGACUCUAAUCCUUUAUGAGAUUACCCGUAAAAGAACCCGAUAUAAUCUAUGGAGAGAAAUCCAAUUACCUCUUUUAAUACAAACUCUCUCAAUUGUGGACAAUAUGGUUUCCAUUGGUACCAAAUCUAGUUUUGUUGUUUAUCAGAUUAACCAUCGAGAACAACCUCCACUUUAUUUGGUUAAUCAAGAAUGUCAAGAAUUAUCUUUCUUAAUCCAAAAUCCAAUUGAUGCUUUACUUUCAAGACAAAUCAAUGAAAAUGAAUGGAUACUUGUUUUUGCUCCCUAUGGAGUUUAUGUUGAUUCAUCUGGAAAACGUACACGACCCAUUGAACUUCAAUUCCCAUCUCAACCAAGUUAUGUUGCCUCCUUGGAAACCGAGAUAAAUAAUAAACAAGUUCAAUUACUUUUAGCCUUUGCUCCAACUCAUAUCAAUGUUUUUGAUCUUGAAACCACCGAAUGGAUUCAAACAAUUAACCUUAAGGCAACCAAACCUCUCCAUCAACACGGUAAAGGUUAUCUUUUAGGUUUAACCAAUGCCAAUGAUUUCCCAACGCUUGUCCAAUUUGUACCAACAAUCAAUGGGUCACAUCUUUUACUUCAAGCCAAAGGUGAUGAUAGUAAACCCUUCUUAGUCAAUGGGUCCACUGUAGCCCAGCGGAUUAUUCAGACUGCAGCAGGAGUCACUGGUGAUGUACCAAGAAAGAGACCAAGAUUACCAAUCAGUGGUCCGUCUGAUUUCAGCUAUAUCUCACAUCUUGGACCUGGAGGUCCAUUUAGUUCAAAGAUUAUCGAUCUUAAAUCGAGCAAUAUUGCAUCUAAUCAAUCAAAGAGUGUGGCCAAUCGCGAUACCUGUGGACCUUCUCGUCGAGAUUCUACCUCCAGUAGCCAGUCAUCAGUCAGUCCCUACAAAUUUUAGAAAAUCCCUUUUUUACAAAUACAUUAAUUACUGUGUAUAUCUGGUUUAUUUAUAAAUUUUCUUCUCACUUGAUUUGUACAUUAUGGAAA